AUGUACAAUUUUUCAAAAGAAGAUUAUUGGUCAUUUGUUUGUGAUUCUAUUCAAUGUGUCUUCAUUAUUGAUGAGUUGAGCUCUUUGAUGAAUCCUACUUGCAACAACUCGCCGUUUUCGUUGGUUCCUUCUUCUUUCAAGGAUGCCUGA